GUUGAAUCGGAUUCUGGGUUCAGAUUCUUCGGAAGUUGUGAUUUUCCUAUCGGAAUCAAGCGAUGGAUAACGUAAUCGGCGGCAAGUUUAAGUUGGGUAGAAAGAUCGGCAGUGGAUCGUUUGGUGAACUUUAUUUAGGUGUUAAUGUCCAAACUGGAGAAGAAGUUGCUGUUAAGCUGGAAUCUGUUAAGACCAGGCAUCCUCAACUUCACUAUGAAUCCAAAAUAUACAUGCUUCUUCAAGGAGGGACGGGUAUUCCCCAUCUCAAAUGGUCUGGGGUUGAGGGUGAAUAUAAUUGUAUGGUUAUUGACCUUCUUGGUCCAAGCUUGGAGGACCUGUUCAAUUACUGUAAUCGGAAGGUGUCUUUGAAAGCUGUCUUAAUGCUCGCUGAUCAGUUAAUAAGCAGAGUCGAGUACAUGCAUUCUCGGGGAUUUCUUCACCGUGAUAUUAAACCCGACAACUUUUUGAUGGGGCUGGGGCGCAAAGCUAACCAGGUUACUUCUAGAGUGUACAUCAUCGAUUAUGGUCUUGCUAAAAAGUAUAGAGAUCUUCAGACGCACAAGCACAUACCAUACAGGGAAAACAAGAAUCUUACGGGGACUGCUCGGUAUGCAAGUGUCAACACACACCUAGGGAUUGAGCAAAGUAGAAGAGAUGACCUGGAGUCUCUUGGUUAUGUGCUGAUGUAUUUUCUGAGGGGAAGUCUUCCUUGGCAAGGCCUGAAAGCUGGUACCAAGAAGCAGAAAUACGACAAAAUCAGUGAAAAGAAGACUCUUACUCCUGUAGAGGUUCUUUGCAAGUCAUUCCCAUCAGAGUUUACAUCAUAUUUCCAUUACUGCCGAUCAUUGAGGUUCGAGGACAAACCUGAUUACUCGUACCUCAAGAGACUUUUCAGGGAUCUUUUCAUUCGGGAAGGUUAUCAGCUCGACUAUGUAUUUGACUGGACAAUCUUGAAGUAUCCUCAGAUUAAUUCAAGUUCGAGGCAAAGGCCAAAUCCAAGACCAGCAUUAGACCCUCCAGGACCAUCUGCAGAAAGAGCUGAAAAGCCUAGGGAAGUGGGACAGGAUCUCCGAGAGAGAUUCUUAGGUGCGGUUGAGGCAUUCACCAGACGAAAUGUUAAAAGCAAUGGCGUUCAGGGUGACGGCACUAGACAUCGAUCUUCUGAUGGUAAUAUACCAUCUUCUAAGGAAUUGAAUGAAUCUGAGAGACCCAGUUCCUCGUCUCGAAAGGGGAGCACGUCAAAAAGAGCCGUGAUGUCUAGCAGCCAGCCUGACUCAUCGGGUGAACCGAGCGAAAACCGUUCAGGCAAGCUGUUUCCAAGCGGUGGUGGUCGUGUCUCCACAACCCAACGGCUUCAACAAGUUUAUGAGUCUAAGUCAUCGCCUUUCACCACCCGUGCUUCUGCGGUUACAAGGCCCGGGCCUGUCGAUUCCGCCAUUAGAAGCUUCGAGCUCCUCAGCAUGAGCUCUGGGAAGAAGAAAUGAGGGUUCGGAUAAUGAAGAAGAAACUGGAAAAACUCAAAGAGCCAAUCUUCUGGGAGAAGAGACAAAAAAAAAACGGCGGCGACAAUGGAGCACUUCAGGCAAAGUCACAAGAGCAGAAAUAAUCCAUCUCUCUUCUGUGUUUUUCAUGUCUCAGAAAGAGUACCUGUAAUUUGAAACAAGUACUUAUUCAGUUCUCUUCUCAGAAUGGAAGUGUAAAAACCUGUCAUACAUCAAUGGGGAAAGAACAAAUUAAACCGAAA